CUCACAUUUAUCUGCAAAUAACCACAGAGCUUCUUGGUCAGUUCUUCAUCCUGAUAAAAGGAGAAAAACAGCAGAGGAAGGGAAGGAGAUGGAGUCAGCAAGCCAGAUUCUCCUUUGCCAUGCUGAGAUUGUUCUAUUGUCUGACUGAAGUUGUGGCAAAGAUGAAGAUCCUACACAUUUUGGCUGGUUUAAUGCUACUGAUCGGUCCUGGCAAAGCAGGAUUCCAAGGGAAACAAUUCAUCACGGCUUUCAUGGAAAAUUUUGAGACAAGAUGGCCCUCCGAGACAAGUUUACAGCUGUUCAUCACUGGUUACCACAGUUCCACCACUGUAACUGUGACACUGACCAAAAGUGCCACCCGGAAAAGUUACUCUGUUGAAGAGGGUCAAAUGGUACCGGUACAAAUCCCAGUGACUGCAGAGAUGAUAGGCAGUGACACGUUUGAUAAUUCCGUUCUGAUCCAGGCUGAGAAGGACAUUUCUGUGGUCUUGUUGGAUCGGAAGUUGUUUUCUGUUGCCACCACAACUGUACACCCAGUCCACAAACUUGGCACAGAGUAUUAUGUCAUUACUCCGGCUGGUACCAGAUCAACAAGCUACUUAAAAGAAUUUGCAGUUAUCGCUUGGCAGAUUCCAACGAGAGUCAAUGUUUAUCUGAAAGGGAAAGUCGUCUUUGAUGGAAAGACCUAUGGAGCAGGAAGCAAACUCACAGUUAACCUUGGUGCUUUCCAGGUUGUCCAGCUGCAAAGCUCAGACGAUCUAUCGGGAACCAGGAUUCAGUCAUCAGCACCCGUGGCAGUCCUGAGUGGGCAUGUUUGUGUUCAGCAAAACUAUUAUUGCGACCAUGUCUCUGAGCAGCUCCUGCCAGUCUCCAGCUGGGGCACCAGUUUCAUUGUUCCUCCUAUGUUUUUCCAAGGCAAUGCUGAUAUUGUAUAUGUGGUUGCAUCCCAAACCACACGCAUACAUUAUCAAUCGGGGAAUCUAAAAAGCUUUCAAGACAUGGUGGCUGGGGAAGUAAGCCAGUUUGAAAUCCAGUACCCAGAGGCAUUUUAUGUCUCUGCUAAUGCUGGAAUCCAGGUCUUUUUGUUCUUCACUGGCAUCAAGUCAGGAAAUACAGGCUAUGAUCCAUUCCUCAUCAACAUCUCACCCAUAACGUUCUAUGGCUUGUCCUACUACAUUGAUGGAAUAGAGAAGUUUGAGAACUAUAUUGCAAUCAUAGCCAAAAGUUCUGAAGCCAGUCGCGUUACUAAGGAUAAGAUGGCUUUUACAGACAUUCAAUGGAGAGAGAUCCCUGGAUCACAGUAUUCAUGGGGGGAACACAAAUGGCCCCGCACAAGCAGAUCUGUCAUCCUAGAGCAUCCUGAAAUUCCCUUUGGUGUCUUUCUCUUCGGUACCAGAAACUAUGAAGGCUUUGGCUUUGCUCCAUCACCUUUUGGUGCAUUUGAUCUUGUUCCAUCCCCUCCUCCAAUUCUGGUCCCAUUAUCCUGCCCUGAGAACAGCCACUAUGAGACCUGUGGAACUGCCUGCCCACAUACCUGUUUUGACCGCACAGAUCUCUCCAAAUGCAAUCAGCCCUGUGAAGAAAGCUGUCAAUGUGAUGAGGGCUAUGUCCGCAGUGAUGAGACAUGCGUUCCAGUGUUGAGCUGUAGCUGCAUUUACAAAGGCAUGAUUUACAAUCCAUUGGAAGAGUUUUGGGGUGAUGAAGACUGUCGUACUCGCUGCAAGUGUGAGCCCAAAUUAGGCCGGGCUGUGUGCAUGAGAUCUUCAUGUAAGAACAAUGAGAAGUGUGUCAUGGUCAAUGGGGUUCGGGCCUGUCAGGAAGUCACCUACACCACCUGUACCGCAUCUGGAGACCCCCAUUACACAACCUUUGAUGGGAAGAAAUUUGAUUUCAUGGGAACCUGUGUUUAUCAGUUGGCAGGGGUCUGCAUUGACGAUCCCAGACUCACCCCGUUUGUAGUCACAGUGGAAAACAACAACCGAGGAAGCAAAGCUGUGUCCUACACCAAAGAGGUGACUCUGGAGGUCUACAACAUGACUAUCAGCCUGAGCCAAGAGGAUCCACAGAAAGUUCAGGUCAACGGAGUCUCUGUGAACCUACCAUUCUCCUAUGAGAAUAAACUGAAGAUCUACAUCAGUGGGGUCCAUGGCUUCAUUAAAACAGACUUUGAUCUGAGAGUCAGUUUUGACUGGUACAGCUAUGCCAGAGUCAUAAUUCCCAACACUUAUGCCAAUGCUGUCUGUGGACUCUGUGGCAAUGCCAAUCAAAAUCCCAGUGAUGAUUUCACCAUGAAGGCUGGAACUCAAACAACAAGUGUAAUCCAAUUUGCAGACAGCUGGAAGUUGAAAGGGUCCCCACAGUGCUCAGAGGGAUGUUCCAAUAACUGUCCAGUGUGCAGCGAAGAAGAAAAACAAAAUUACCAGGGUGAACAUUACUGUGGACUCCUCAUCAGAAAGGAUGGACCAUUCAAGAGAUGUCAUGCUGCCAUUGAUCCGACAUACUACUUUAAGGACUGUGUCUUUGAUACCUGCCUAUAUAAAGGUCUCCACAGUGUUUUCUGUAGUGCCAUCAAUGCUUACAUGAUAGAUUGCCAAAUGCAGGGCAUCCAGAUUGGCGAGUGGAGAGCAGCGUCCUCAUGCAACCUUUCCUGUCCUUCUAAUUCCCACUACAAACUCUGUGGACCUGCCUGCCCUGCCACAUGCCACCACCACUUUACUGGUAGAAGAUGUGAUGCUCCAUGUACUGAAGGAUGCUUCUGUGAUACUGGAUUUGUCCUUAGUGGGGAUGAAUGUGUCCCUCUUGCAGAAUGUGGCUGUGUACACCAGGGCAGGUAUUACAAGAAUGGAGAGGAGUUCUAUCCAUAUGCCUCUUGCCAGGAGAAAUGCCAGUGCAAGGACUACGGUGUUGUUGACUGUUGGCAGUUCUCCUGUGGAGUUCAGGAGGAGUGCAAGGUUGAGAACAACAUCCAGGAUUGCUAUCCUGUGGGAUACGGAACAACAACAACAUAUGGAGGCCUUCAUUACAUUUCUUUUGAUGGACGAAGUUUUGGGUUCCGUGGCUCCGGCACGUUUGUCUUGUGCCAAAUCUUUAGCAAGGAGGAUCCUCAUUUAGUGAAGUUCUCUGUGUUGGUGGAGUAUGAACAACUUGAAGCUGGUUCUUCAACUCUGUUAAAGUCUGUUGUGAUCUACAUUAAUGGAAAAACUAUUGUCUUGGAGAGAAACAUGAAGUGGAAAGCUAUGGUGAAUGGAGUGUUUCACAGUUUGCCACUGAAUAUAGAGAACAACAAACUCUGGAUCACCCAAGAGGGAAGCAAUAUCCUUGUCCAGUCAUCCAGUGGAUUCACCGUCUUUUAUGACACUGCCUCCCACGUCCGUGUUUCUGUUCCCAUCACCUACCAGGGACAGGUGCGUGGGCUGGGUGGCAACUUCAAUGGUGAUGAGAGUGAUGAUUUCAUGUUGCCCAAUGGAACUAUCACACAAAAUGUGGUUGACUUUGGGGCAUCCUGGAACAUCCCUGUGGCUGGUGUCAGUUGCUCUGAUGGCUGUAUUAAGGAAAGGCUUAACACUGAACCAGAUGACACAUCAAUAUAUGAAGAUGAGACUUCUUGUGGCAUGAUCAAGUCCGAGUUAGGACCCUUUGCAGACUGCCACUCACUUGUGAGCUCUGAAGAGUACUUUGAAAACUGCCUGCAUGACAUGUCGGCAGCUGGGGCCCAACAAUACCUCUGCCAAAGCCUUCAAGUCUACAUGGCUGCAUGUCAGGCAGCUGGAGCUGAGAUUGGAGCAUGGAGGACAGACUCCUUCUGUCCCAUCACCUGCCCAAAUGACAACCAUUAUGGGACCUGCACUUCCCUUUGUGAUUUCAGCUGUGCCAGCUUGUAUACUCCACUCCAGUGCACAAGGCAAUGUUUUGAAGGCUGCCAGUGCAAUGAAGGUUAUGUGUUUGAUGGGGAUGCUUGUGUGCCUAUAGACAAGUGUGGCUGUGUGCAUGAUGGAUUCUACCUCAAGGCAAAAGAGAGCAUCUUCUCAAAGAACUGCACAGAAAAAUACACCUGCAGUGCCCCAGGCCAAGUCACCUAUGAGGAAACUACCUGCCAGCCUGAUGAGAUCUGCACACUUAGUAAUGGCAUAUUGGGCUGUGGGCCUAGAGAAGGCCAGUGCAAAGUCACACCAGAAGCCAUGUUCACGUCCUUUGACGGAGCCUCGGGAAAAUACUUCAGCAGUGGGGUUUAUGACCUGGCCUCUGUUUGUGAUGAAAAUGCCGCCUCCUGGUUCAGAGUGCUAGUGAACAUUGGAAAGGAUGUGGAGGAUGCCUUGGCAGUUGGGAAGGCUGUUUACUUUUAUUUCUGGGAUGCCUCAAUCACUCUGAAGACCAAUGGCAAGAUAUGGGUAAAUGGGCGCCCUGUGAAGUUACCAUACAAAGUCUCCAAAACUGUAACUGUGAGCCAGGUUCAUGAUGGGAUCCUGGUUGACCAAGCCUCCCAGGUUCAGGUUCAUCUUCGUUCUGAUGGGGAGGUGACAGUGAAAGUCAAAGCGACCUUUGCUGGGAAGCUGUGUGCCCCAUGUGGAAACUUCAAUGGGGAUCGUUCUGAUGACCUGAAGCUGCCCAGUGGAAAGUCUGAAAUGAAUAUUGCUGAGGUCCUCCAUGCUUGGAGGUCCAAAGAUUACUGAUACUAGUAAUAACUCUUGAGGAAAUCUACCAACAUAUGGGUUGAAAUGCGAAAUUCUCGGAGUAUUAACUGAUAAGUCAUCCAAUGGCAUUUCCCUGCCACAGUGCACCAUCUCUGCAACUUUCUGUCUCUUCAAGUGCAGCACUGUCUCCCCAAUCCAAUGUAAUAAAAAGACAAGAUUAACCUCCGAAAUAAGAUGUCCAAAAGCGUUGCAGAUUACCUGAGUAGAACUUUUUAUUGUUGUUUUUCAGAUAUACCAGGGAACUUCAGUUACUAUGCUUGAUCUUCAGCAAAAAAUAACCCAAUACUGCUAAUGUACAUAAGAAGCAAUAAUGGCUACUUGGAUAUAGGACUGUGUCACUCAGUUAAAUAAAGCUUGUUUGAUCAUGA